UGAAGAAUUGAUAAUUGGGAUUAAUUUUAACUCUUUCAACUAUUUUCCUUCCAAUCUCUUCCUCAGAUGAUAAAGAAAGCAAGAUAAAUCUAUUGAAUUGGACUCCAUAUUACUGAUAUUAGGAUAACGACGCGUUGGAACUUAAGUCCGCUAGAAGUGUUAGCCAGCUUUUUACAUACCUUCUACAGUGAUACUUUCUUUCCGUUAACUUAAAUUUCUCCCGACAGCUUCCAUCAGCACAGUGAGUACGUUCUAAACUGUUCACCCAAUGUGCCCAAGACUUUCCGCCUUCGGCAUUGGUUCCUCGUGCUCGUUCAAAAGAUAACUUACCGUGCAACUCAGAUCCUUCCAUUGGGCAUUAAGAGACUUUGAUCCAUAAUAAUUAGAACUUUUGUGGGCCAUGAUGCUAUAGGAGAGACAAAGACAGUUGUAACACAGCUAUCUGCGAUGCUUAGAUUAAAUAACGUCAUUUGAAGACUAAAAGGAGAUGGCGUGACAUAGCGUGACAACUCAACCAAUUUUGGUAUUCUUCAGCGACAAUAAUGUCUGCCGUGAGCUUUUUUAUUUUCCUUGCUUCGACGAUUCUCCACAUAUUCGUCACCUCCGCUGCAUCUAGACCUAACAUUUUAUUUGUUUUGGUGGAUGAUCUUGGAUGGAGUGAUGUAGGCUUCCAUGGUUCGAAAAUUCAAACCCCAAAUGUUGACAAGUUAGCUAAAGAAGGAGUAAUUCUGGAUAGUUACUACGUCCAACCAAUUUGCUCUCCAACCAGAGGAGCAUUGAUGUCUGGAAGAUACCCGAUUCACCUUGGAAUGCAGCAUGGAAUUGUUCAUACUGGGUGUCCGUUUGGUCUGCCGUUAAAUAUCACUACACUACCACAAAAGCUAAAGGAAGUUGGAUAUAGCACCCACAUGAUAGGCAAGUGGCAUCUUGGUUUCUACAACUGGGACAGUACUCCUACCUACAGAGGCUUUGAUACCUUUUAUGGAUUUUACAAUGGUGCAGAGGAUCAUUACACGCAUGUCCUUAGUCAUUUUCUUGAUUUCAGAGACAACAAAGAAAUUGUUAGGGAUAUGAAUGAGACAUACUCUAUUAAUGCUUUUACAAAGCGAGCUGAGCAUAUUGUCAAAUCACAUGAUGCAUCAAAUGGUCCUAUUUUCCUUUACAUGGCAUUCCAAAAUGUCCACUCUCCAGUCCAAGCUCCUAAGCAACAUGUAGAUAAGUACUCCUUUAUAAACGACACAACAAGACGGACUUAUGCUGGGAUGGUGGAUAUCAUGGAUGAAGCAGUUGGUAAUAUAACAGGUGCUUUUAAAGAGGCAGGGUUAUGGGAUAACACCUUAAUGAUCUUCAGUACUGACAAUGGAGGGGUGCCAAAAAAUGGUGGAUAUGACUACCCCCUGAGAGGACGUAAGGACACUCUGUGGGAAGGAGGAAUCAGAGGGGUGGGGUUCGUUCACGGAAAAAUGCUGUCUAGGAGUGGGGUGAAAUCUACUGGGCUGAUUCAUGUGACUGACUGGUACCCAACAUUGGUUAAUCUUGCUGGUGGUCAUCUUAAUCACGAAGAUCAGCCCCUCGACGGUUAUGACGUUUGGAAAACCAUUUCAAAUGGCGAGGCCUCUCCACGUACAGAGAUUCUUCACAAUAUAGACAGUCCCUCUUUCCCCGACAAUGAACUCGGUUUUGCGUAUCAAGGCAUUGGUCUUCGUGUAGGAGACAUGAAACUUCUGAUGGGAGUUCCCAAUAUCUCGUACUUCAUCCCUCCGGAAGAGAAGAAUUUUUCUGAAGUGGACUCGCUGACCGACUUGCUACAGGAUUUGAAUGAUCCCCCGGUUCCAACCAUCAAUGUUGCGCUGUACAACGUCACCGCUGACCCGUAUGAGAAGAAUGACCUCAGCAAAAAAUGCCCAGAUAAGCUGAAGGAACUUCAAGAUCGAUUGGAGUAUUACAUGAAGGGUUUAGUGCCGCCUGCUAACAAGCCAAGUGACCCAAAGGCAAGGAGAGUAGCGAGGGAGAAUGGGGCUUGGACUCCAUGGAUGUGAAAAGUCAAGCAAAUGGAACGACAAGCACUAAUAAUUAUGUACACGAUCCUUACUCUGAACACAAUAAUUUUCAGUGCUCGAAGCAGAAGCGAGGCUUGAUUUACAAACAAUCAUUUGAUAAAAGUAAAUUUGCAUAAAAUUUUUACGUGAAAAAAAACCCUUUAUUAUUUCACUAAGGAAUUUCAUUAAGGUUCUCUUUAGAGGUUGGUCCAAUUUUCGUAGAGCAUAGUCUAUUGAUCAGUGUACUUGUAAUUCGGCCAAUAGCACAUAAAACACCAACUUGAAUUGACAAUUGUAAAGAUGAGUUUUCUUUGACUAAGCUUCUUAUGUCAAAUAAAAUAUAGCAGUUUUCAAAUUGCUUAAGAAUCCAGCAUUCAGCAAGAGGGACAAAACAAGACUAGAGGAAGGGAGGGGAGGCAAGGAGAAAAUAAAAGACUAAACCGUUCAUGUAUGGUGCUGUUUUUUUGUGAAUUUUCUUACUGAUUGUUUAUUGGUUAAGUUUAACCUCAGAAGAACUAGAGAACAGUUUUGAUGUAAAAUAAACUGUUUAUUGGUCAUGUUUACAGA